GAGCGCGUGCGCGCGCGGCCCUACGCCCGCGCGGAUCCCGCCUGCUCCGCGGCGCACUCUCGCCGUCAGUGGGCGAGCGGGAAGCCGCAGAGGUCACCGCAGGGAGGCGGGGCGGGGGCAGCAUGGCAGCCUCCUUACGGCUCCGUGGAGCCGCCUCCGGCCUCCGAUAUUGGAGCCGCCGGCAGCGCCCGGCAGUGGCCAGCCUUGCAGUGGUGUGUUCUAGGUCAAUGGCAUCUAAGACUCCAGUUGGAUUCAUUGGACUGGGAAACAUGGGGAAUCCAAUGGCAAAAAAUCUCAUGAAACACGGCUAUCCACUCAUUAUUUAUGAUGUGUUCCCUGAUGCAUGCAAAGAGUUUCAAGAUGCAGGUGAACAGGUAGUGUCUUGCCCAGCAGAUGUAGCUGAAAAAGCUGACAGAAUUAUUACAAUGUUGCCCACCAGUAUCAAUGCAAUAGAAGCUUAUUCUGGAGCAAAUGGAAUUCUAAAAAAAGUGAAGAAGGGCUCACUAUUAAUAGACUCCAGUACUAUUGAUCCUGCAGUUUCAAAGGAAUUGGCCAAAGAAGUUGAGAAAAUGGGAGCAGUUUUCAUGGAUGCCCCCGUUUCUGGUGGUGUGGGAGCCGCUCGAUCUGGGAACCUCACAUUUAUGGUGGGAGGAGUCGAAGAUGAAUUUUCUGCUGCCCAGGAGUUGCUGGGGUGCAUGGGCUCCAACGUGCUGUAUUGUGGAGCUGUUGGGACCGGGCAGGCUGCAAAGAUCUGCAACAACAUGCUGUUAGCCAUUAGCAUGAUUGGGACUGCUGAAGCCAUGAAUCUUGGAAUCAGGUUAGGGCUUGACCCAAAAUUAUUGGCUAAAAUCCUGAACAUGAGCUCAGGACGGUGUUGGUCAAGUGACACUUACAAUCCUGUACCUGGGGUGAUGGAUGGAGUCCCAUCGUCUAAUAACUAUCAGGGUGGAUUUGGAACAACACUCAUGGCAAAGGAUCUGGGGCUAGCACAGGAUUCUGCCACCAGCACCAAGACUCCGAUCCUUCUGGGCAGUCAGGCCCAUCAGAUCUACAGGAUGAUGUGUGCAAAGGGUUACUCAAAGAAAGACUUCUCUUCCAUCUUCCAGUUUCUACGAGAAGAAGAAACCUUCUGAGUUUACCCUUUGGGCAUCGACACUGUUGGAAACCAACCUCCACCUUGGAGCCACCUUGUAGCUCACUCCACAAGUAAAUGGGCUUAAUCAAAGGUCACCUGUCUGCUUUUGAUUAUGUAGGUCCCAGUAAACCCUAGGAUUUUUCACCCAUUUUUAACUGCUUAUUCUUUCUAUCUAUUUAGCAAACCUGUGUUAUCACCAUUUUUUUUUCCUGCAAGCCACUGAUGGUCUCUGCUAACUAGCUGAUUGAUCGUUUUCAAAAGUCCCUGAACAUCUUCAACCAAAUCAUUGCAUACUUCAAUCAGGAUAUGAUUUAUUCUGCUUUACAAAUAAAACCAAGUAUUUUUUCAACAGAAUGAAACCUAUUUUAAAGAAAAGAAAUUGGUGUAGGGAAAGGAGUUAGAAAGAGGGGAAGCACAGUGAAUUACUACCUGCGUCCCUCGGGACGCUUGUCCUGUUAACCAGGGGGUGGUAUUCUGCGUGGCCGAGGUUACUGGUUUAUUCUCCAAGGAGUCGGUAAAGCUAAUGAACUCCUUGCUGGAUGUUUUAUAAUUUGGACUCUGUUACAUUAUCUUACCGUGUCCUUCUUGUUACAACUCCCAAUACUCAGCCAACUUGUUUUUUAUAUUUUUGCUUCCUUGUACAUUCUUACUACAUAUUUUUUGACUUUAAAAGAAUGACAUCUUUAGAACUGUUUCAGAGCCAAUGAUGAUAUUUGCUUUAGAUAAUUAUUACAUUAUUCUAAAUAUAACCAUAUUAUUUUGAAUUCAAAUAAAUUUCUAUGCUGAUAAUA